GCUGUGACAUGUCUCCGGGUUUCCGGCCAUGGCGGCUGGCUGUGCUCCAUGGGCGCCGUCUACAGGCUGCGAUCCAAGUACAGACAAAACCCACCGACCCAGAUUGAAGUCUGGACUCUACCGGCUAUUUCACGCUCCAAAACCCGUAGCACAACGAGUCCAGAGAGCACCGGAGCGUCCGUGUGCACCCUGGUCUGCACGCUCACUGCUCUGACCAAAUAUGGGCUUCCUCCGUGCCAUAUUUAGGGAUGUACGUCACGCAGGAGUCUUUAUAAAGCCGGGAAUCCUCAUUGAAGAAACUGACAGACUCAAGUUCAAGUUGUCACCAGCAACACAUUAAAACACCAACCUGAAAGAAACAUUUAGGCUAAUGUUAUUUACUCUUCCUGAUGACUCAUCACAAAGAUCCGAAAAUAAUCUUUUAAAAUAUCUUUUCUACGCGGGACCCCGGAGCUGACGACCCGGAGUUGGCUUCCAACGCCCUCAGCAGCAGCAGCAGCAGCAGCAGCCUGGUCAGAGCGCCUCGUCGCCGGCUUAAGGAGUGGAGACAAGCUCGGUCCCCCCCGCAGGCACAGCACGCUGCUUCUCACUCUUCCUCGUCCACCGAGAUGGCAGCGACCAAAGCAGAGCUGCUCCUGUCUGCUCUGCAGAUGUCCGACCCUCUGGUCGGCCUCCUGCCGCCCCUCUCUCCGCUGGACGGUUACUACUCGAGUCUGGAGGAGCUGCAGAUGCUGCUGCGGAACGCCGCGGCUGCAGCGGAGGGAGCCGAGCUGCUGAGCGGGGAGCUCGGGGAGUACGGAGACUCUCUGAAGGACCUGGACCUGCAGAGUCUGCCCCCUCUCACCCCCCGCCUCCCCCCUCUGGCCUACAGUGGUCGCUUCACCUUCGAGCCCUCCUCCAACAGUAGCAGCCUGUGGGCGGAGCCUCUCCUCAGUCUGUUCACGGGGUUGGUCAGCGUUGGGGCUCCAACCCCCAGCUGCAGCAUCCCUUCCUCUUCAUCAUCGUCAUCAUCAUCAUCAUCGCUGUCCCAGCCGAGCUUCAGCUCCGUCCAGAUCAGCUGUGGCUCCGGUGAUAUCACAUCAGUCUUCUCUUCGACGCCGACGUACACUUCCGACUCCAGCUCUGACCUCCUCCUCCCCCCUACUGACUCCCAGCCCCUUGCCUUCCAGCCACAAGGCCCCCCUCCUGCCUACCCUACCUCCAGGCUUGGCCUCCAGCCGUCCUCCCUCGGGGUGCCGACGCUCCCAGACUACGUCCUGUCGCAGCAGGACGGCGAGCUCGGCCUGAUCCAAGACCAGAAGCCGUUGCUGUCGCAGAGCCUGAACCCGCUCACGCCGCUCUCCACCAUCAAAGCCUUCUCCUCGCAGAUCCAGACACAGUCUCAAUGCCCAGCCUUCCAGGCCCAGCCCAUCAAACCCAGCAGGAUCAGGAAGUCCCCCGCAAGCCGUCCGUGCAAGACGCCGCCGCACGAACGCCCGUACGCCUGCCCCGCCGAUGGCUGCGACCGCCGCUUCUCCCGCUCCGACGAGCUGACGCGUCACGUGCGUGUGCACACGGGCCAGAGGCCGUUUCAGUGCCGCAUCUGCAUGCGCAGCUUCAGCCGCAGCGACCACCUGACGACGCACAUCCGCACGCACACUGGCGAGAAGCCCUUCGCCUGCACCGAGUGCGGACGCAAGUUCGCCCGCAGCGACGAGCGCAAGAGGCACGCCAAAAUCCACCAGAGGCAGCGGGAACGCAAGAUUGAGAGGAAUUCCUCCUCCUCUGCUCCCAUCACCAAGCCCCACGCCUACUCCUCCCCUCACACCUCCUCCCCCUGCUCCUCCUACUCCUCCCCCGCUCACAGUUCCCCCUCUCCCGCAUCCUCAAUUUUCUCCACCUCCUGCUUCACCUCCUCAUCAUCACUGUCGCACGUCGGCGCCUCCUCAAUGUCCCCGCACCUCUAUUCGUCCUCUUGCUCCUCUCCGAUGGGAAGUCCUCAGGCGGAGCUCCCCUCCCCGCAUGGCGCCAACAUCUGCUAACCCACAGGGAGUCCACCUGCCCCAUCGUGACCUUUGACCUCAGACUUAAACUCUGGCUUUAACGAAAAACUGACAUAUCUGUCCGUCCAGACAUCAAACUGUACAUUUAUUAUUUGCGUUCGUCCAGUGGUUACAAGGUCAAAGGUCAACUUAAACCUUCAGCAGAGAAUACAAACUGAGUUUACAAAAAAAACUCUCAGGACCAAACUUCAUAGGGAAAACUGUUGAGUUUAAGAGACUUCAAAUUCCCUGAAUGUAUAUGCCAUUGUUGGAUGAUUGUAUAUAUGAGUACUUUUGUAGUGUACAUAAUGUUUACAUCUAGCAUUCACCUACUGAGUAGGUUCUGGGAGGUUUUUAUGUUUACGUGCAGGUCAUUGUUUGAUUUUAUACUGAACGUGUUUCCUCUUUAAAGCAAAGAGUGAUAAGAAUAAAAUGUCAAAAUAC